CGGCCAUUUUGGAUGACCAGUCGGCGUGCGGUCGAGGUGAGCGUCUGGCGCUGGCUCUGGCGAGGGAGAACAUCAACAGCCUGAUGGAGGGCUCCUCCCGGGCGAGGGUGGAGGUGGACGUCUACGAGCUGCUGAAGGACUCCCACUACGACACCACUGACACCAUGUGUCAGAUCCUGCCCAAGGGCGUGGUCUCAGUGAUUGGCCCCGCCUCCAGCCCCGCCUCUGGGUCCACCAUCAGUCACAUCUGUGGGGAGAAAGAGAUCCCUCACGUGAAGAUCGGUCCGGAGGAAACCCCGAAGCUGCCGUACCUUCGCUUCGCCUCGGUGACUCUUUACCCGAGCAACGAGGACCUGAGCCUGGCCGUCGGGUCCAUCCUGCGCUCCUUCGGCUACCCGACGGCCAGCCUCGUGUGUGCCAAAGCAGAGUGCCUGCUGCGACUGGAGGAGCUGGUCCACCGCUUCCUCAUCUCCAGGGACACACUGUCGGUGCGAAUGCUGGACGACAGCCUGGACCCCACCCCUCUGCUGAAGGAGAUCCGCGAUGACAAAGUGGCCACCAUCAUCAUCGACGCCAACGCCUCCAUCUCCUACCACAUCCUCAGGAAGGCGAACGAGCUGGGGAUGAUGUCCGCCUUCUACAAGUACAUCCUCACCACCAUGGACUUCCCUCUGCUGCGGCUGGACGACGUGGUGGGCGAUCAGUCCAACAUUUUGGGUUUCUCCAUGCUGAACAUCACUCAUCCUUUUUACCUGGAGUUCAUCCGGAGCCUGAACCUGUCGUGGAGGGAAGGCUGCGAUGUCAGUCCGUACCCGGGACCAGCGGUGAGCCACUGAUAUCCUAAUAUUUAUUGAAAUCAGCUUCAACACCUGAGAGCCGCUGGGGUUUUCUGACAUAUUAUUUAAAGGGACAGUGUGUCACAUUAAGGGGGAUCUAUUGGAAAUGGGAUAUAAUAUUCAUAACUUUGUUUUUUAUUUGUGUUUAAUAAGACAAACCAAACACGGACGAUUGUCACACGAGAGAAGUUUCAGUUGGUUGCAAUCUGCAUCCUCACCACUAGAGGUCUCCAGAUCCGACACGCUGCACCUUUAAGCUCGAUAUGUUGGAUUCACAACCCGGAGAAGCCAAAGCUGUUAUUUUUAAAUCAUGAUUUAAGGUUAAACUAUAGAACGGUUUACCUCAGACAGACUAUAGGAUCUAUUCAAACCUUUUAUUGAGAUAUCUUGAUGUUUAGUUCAUCAACACAACAGCCACAAAUAGAAAACAAUACGUUGUGCGGUCUCCUGCAGAUUCAGCGUUGAUUGCAUGCAGCUGUAGUAAUAUCUCUUCAUCCUCCGUCGUUGUUUUUCUCCUCCUCCGUAAUGAAAGGACCCAUCAGGACAAAUCAAUCUCCUCGUUGUAUCAUUGUGCAGCUCUGAUAGCAGCGCAGGCAAUAAGGCCCGAGCAGACAGCAUUAAUAAAGAUAAUAGUAAUGACAAUGGAGGUUGCAUCAAUC